AACGCCACUGUAACCGUUGUACGUGAUCUUACCUGCAUGUCAUAAUGUUUGAGAUAUAAAAUUCAUUCCCUGAAAAUAGUCAUCCCCCCGGAAUUUCCCUGGUGCUCAGCUUCCCCCAGAGUGAAGACAAAAUAUUUAAAAAAAUUGUUUCCAUAUUAAAAAAUUAAGUGCUGGUGAUCUUCAGGAUCUAUUGCGACAUGAGAAGAAUAAAAAAAAUGUGUUCGGCGAAGGUGAUGUUCACAAAUGUUCGCGGUGCUCUCGCGCGAGAAUAAACGAAUCGCGAAAAUUCGGGGCUUCGCGAAGUGAUGGGAUAAAGGGUGAGAAAAUUGAUGAACAGGGGAAGUAGAGUAGUUAUGGGAAAUUGUACAAACGACAAUUGUGAUAAUAUAGGUGUGGAGUGCUGCGUCACAUCGUGUGAAUGAUUUUUUAUGAUUCUUCGAGUGCUUCUGAAAUUCAUGGACAUUUCGCGGAGCCGUGGGGACGCAAAAGAAAGGAAACGCAACUUAACUGAUGAGUGGAAACAUGCCGUCAAGACCGAAAUACCGGAUUAGGGAACUGCACACAGGGCCAGGAGGCCCUGUGCCACUACUCAGGAAGAGGAAAACAGGAUUAAUUAAAAUAUAAAUAAAUCCCUCUGAGAUUUCCGAAGUGGCGCUGAUCCGGCCAGGUGAUUAGGAUCUACGGCCCUAUUGCUGGCCUGGCCAGCUACUAUGCAAAUUGCAGCUCUUCGUAUUGCUAUUGCGGUGGUUUGGUUGACCGCAUUUAUGUGGUUGCGGUUCACAGCUGCCAGUAAUAUUACUCUCUCAAUAGCAUCCAGAAGUAUUGAAGAGCAUUCAUUGAGGGACCAUAAUUUCCAUCGAAUUUCAGAAAAGCGCAGUCCAUCCUUCGGUUUGACAUACCGAGAGAUCCAGAGUGUAUUGCGGCGCGAGGGCGGCGAGGGCGGAAGUCCCGUGGAGUGUUGUCCCACGGUCGAAGAGAUGAUUGAACCCACGGGGGGAAGGAACCGCCAGGGCGCCGGAGUGGAGUUGUAUCGUCAUCUGGAGAUCGCCCAGAGAUUCCACGAGUACUCGUGCCGCCCCGACGUUCUCGACAAACCCUGCAGAUUUGUGGAUAAGAAGCUGAUGAAUCAGACGAGAUGUGUCCAAAAAUUCUCGUACUCUUACGCUAUCGUUGGGGACCCCUCGGAAUUGCAUCAGUGGAAAAUCGACAGACUAGAGCAUCCACAUCGUCACAAAGACCAUCACGUUCUCUUUCUCGGCUCGGGCUCCCCAUGGAGACUGGAUCACAUAAGAGUACGAAGUGGUUGCAGUUGCGAAGUCUUCCCCAAGCCGAAGAAAAAAAAGGCAACAGGAUUGAAGUCUAAAAAAGUAAAGAGUAAAAUAAGAAAACCACGGGAGGAAGAUUUCUCGUGAAGACUAGUUAGAUUUUUUUUUGAACAAUAAGAAAUGGGAUAAAUUGUUACCAAUGAAUAUACUAAUGAAUACUAUGAAAUGACAUUAGGAUAUCUAUAGUUGGAAAUUAUUCUAUUAUUUAUUUACCGACGACGAUGUAAUUUACGAUUUUUUUGUUCCACUCAACGAGUACUACAUGACACCGAAUGAACAGCUCUUCAUUCUGAUUCGAAAUGUGAAGAUGGAAAACAGUUAAGAUAAUUUUAAUACGAUACAGUGCGAUUAAUUCUCCGUGGCCAGUUUUUACUGUUAACGUUUGUAUAUGAAAUCCAUAUAUUCAUGUAUGUAAUUAGCAUUUUAGUUUCGAGAAUGUAGAUUCCAUGAGAAAUGAGCGCCGUGUUUUUACCCUGGGGGUUAGACGAAGUAAUCGUAGUUUCUAGAUUGAAAUUAUAAAAUUAGUCUGAAAUAAUAGAGAAAUUGAUAUUCAUUUGUCUUGCAGGACUGACUAAAUUGAGUACAAUAUUGUUUGCAGUGCUAUUACAAUAGCUAUAAAUACGAAAACUCAUUACAUUAUUUACACUAGUUGAAUAAUACACUUGUCCAUUACUCUAAUGUAAUUGAAAGUCAAUAUUUAUUUAUCAACUCGUUGAAAGUAUGUUCCCACGA